CUGCAGUAUAAAGGGAGCGGGGAAGGCGGGAGACAGCGCAGUUUGAAUCGCGGUGCGCCAGAGCAGUAGCCGGCGGGGUCUCUGCCCGGGUGUUUGCUUGGUCCGUUCUCUGCCGUGAGCGUGUGUGCGAGAGCUUCACGCACAACUCAAAAUGGCUGGCGGGAAGGCUGGGAAGGACUCCGGAAAGGCGAAGACAAAGGCGGUUUCCCGCUCGCAGAGGGCUGGCUUGCAGUUCCCAGUCGGCCGCAUCCACCGGCAUCUGAAGUCCCGGACAACGAGCCACGGCCGCGUGGGGGCCACCGCCGCCGUGUACAGCGCGGCCAUCCUGGAGUAUCUGACCGCCGAGGUGCUUGAGCUGGCGGGAAACGCAUCGAAAGACUUGAAGGUGAAGCGCAUCACUCCUCGCCACUUGCAGCUGGCCAUUCGUGGGGACGAGGAGUUGGACUCGCUGAUAAAGGCAACGAUCGCCGGCGGGGGUGUGAUUCCACACAUCCAUAAAUCUCUGAUUGGAAAGAAAGGACAACAGAAGACUGUUUAAAGGAUGCCUGGAUUCCAUGUUAUCUCAGGACUCUAAAUACUCUUAACAACUGUCCAGUGUUGGUGAUUUCCAGUGGACUGUAUCUCUGUGAAAACCACAAUUUUGCCUUUUUGUAAUUCUAUUUUGAUUAAGUUGGAAGCUUACUUAGCUUACCAGCCAACCAAAUUUCUGCAUUGAAGUCUUAACCAUAUUUAAGUGUUACUGUGGCUUCAAAGAAGCUAUUGAUUCUGAAGUAGUGGGUUUUGAUUGAGUUGACUGUUUUUAAAAAUCUGUUUGGAUAUUAAUUGUGAUGCAGAAGUUAUAGUAACAAACAUUUGGUUUUGUACAGACUUUUAUUUCCACUCUGGUGGAUAAGUUCAAUAAAGGUCAUAUCCAAAACAA